AUUCCAGCUCGUUGAAAAACAAUAGAUGCAAAAAAAAAACCCCACUAAUUUGGAGGCACACCGGUGUAAAAUGAGCAUGAAAGGCUAUUAUCGUCAAUUCCUACCCUAAACUCAGCCAUUGAAUAUAUGAUGAUACUAGAAAUAGGAAAUUAUCCGGUGGUCUGUAAGGAGGCAUCAAACACAUGCACACGAGGUUUUCGAUCAAAUGUCAAAGACUAGAUUUUUGGGUAAACCAAGGAUCCUUUAAUCUAGAGUGCAGAUUUUAAUCAUUUAUGGGAAACUGCACUGGAAAGGAUACUGGUCCUUCAGAUUUCGACGAAAAAUUACAUCUCUGUGGUGGAAAUGUAUGGUAUAUAUCUGAUAUGGAAAGCUGGGCUGAGAAGAUAUCAGAAGCAAACAAGGAUGGAAAUGUAGUUCUGGCAAACUUUAGUGCAGAUUGGUGUGCUCCUUGCAAAAUUAUAUCUUCUUGGUAUGCUGAUCAAUCUAUCAAGUACCCAUCACUCACUUUUCUUACAGUAGAUGUUGAUGAAUUGUCAGAGCUUAGUACAUCAAUGGAUAUUCGUGCAGUUCCAACCUUCUUUUUCUUGAAAGGUGGCAAUCAACUUGAUAAAGUUUUCGGAGCCAACAAAUCUGAGCUUGAAAAGAAGCUUGCGAUUUUUUCAAGAACUUAGUUUUUCAAAUGACGUUGUGAUGAUGGCUUGUGAUGACAUUAAAGAUUCAAAAGUUUUGCUAGUAUUCUGCAGUCUCGAUUCUACUCAUUGUUCAUGUUCUAAGCAUUGGUGCAGGGUUGUGCCAUUGGUCAUGUAUCUCGCAUAAUUAACACAAGUAUUUAGUUACAUAAGAUUUAUUCCUUGGUGAUGGAAGUACUUUAUUUUGUGUUGGCUAAGUGUAUUUGAAAAAUGAAAGCUCUUUUGAAUG